CAUUGCAUUAGAUUUUUUACUUGGACCAUGUGCAAUUGCAUAACUUUGCUCGUGACUCAAGUUCAUUACCGUGCAUACGAGUUUGGGAUGACAACUCCAUUUCGAAGGUUGUUAAAAAUGUUUACCGGUUAGGUGGGGUUGAUAGCAUCCAGGUAAAUACUAGACCAAAAUGUUCUUUUAUUAUUGUUGAAUAAGAUUCGGUAUCAUGCAUUGAUUUUUUACAUUUGAUAUAUCUAUGUAUGUAGGUGGGAUUUGGAAGAGAUCCUGCAAGCUGUUAUACAAUUGAGGUUGGAUUUUCAUCUGACUAUUUGUUUAUGUAAUUUUCAUCUUGGCAAUUUGUGUCAUUUUGUUUAUUUUUCAAACAGGAUGUUAGAGCAGAGAUGAUUGAACUGAAAAAGUGAGUUAAAAAAAGAAUCAGAGUUCACUAUGUCACAAUUAGGUGCUUUUAAGGUGGAAAUCUCAUCUUCAAUCACAAGUAAUGACAACAUUAGCUGCCAUUCAAAGUCAACUACAACAGGGAGUGGGAAACAAAAUCAAAGACCAUGAUUCUGUACCUGUUCCUGUUAAGAGCCAUAAAUUGAAUGAAUCGGCUUCGAAGAGUCCAGCAGGGGAAGCUGUCCCGUUUGAAAAGGGCAGGAGCAGUGUAAGCAAAGGAACUGAAGAUGAUUUUAAUUCAAAUGAGAAUUCAACUAAUCUAUAUGAUAAGUUGAAUAAUCUGAAGACGGAAGUGGAUAUGGUGGAGCUUUCUGAUGAUGCAAGUUCACCUAUAAAAUUAUCAGAAUUGAAGAAAAAGAAAAAGGAAAAAGUAGGAUUCGUGAAAUCUAAUAAUGAGAGCCCGUCUCAAAAUCUGAAGAAGAGAAAGGCAGAACAAGUUGAUGACGUCGAAUCAGAUUCAUUUGAGGCACUCAUGAAUCCCAAGGCUCAACCAAGAGAGAAUAAAAAGAUGGGACUUCGAGAUCCUCAAACUCUUAAAACUGGUCCUCUACUCAUGUCCCCUUUUGUCCGUCCACAACCAUCACCAGCAAAACCUCGAGGAGGACGUAAAGGUCCUAAGAAAGGCGACAAAACUAGAAAAAAGGAGAUCGUAGAUGAAGAUAUUGUGAAUAUACUACCGGAUUAUACUGAGAAUCUUUGGGCAUUUUUAUUCGCUGAGAAAUCUCUAAGAAAUACUGAAAGUAGCUGGUUGGUCGAGUUUGACACUUAUCAUAUUACAAGAGAAGAUCUUGCUAGUUUAGGUGAUGGAAAACAUCUGCAUGAUUAUUGGUUCAUGCCAUGGUUAUUUACGAAUCAUGUUUUAAUGUGGACUGAAAAGCCGCCUACAGUGGAGAAACUAAUCAGGCACUACAAAGAUAAAUACAUGGGAGAUAUUGAUGCUUGCAAGGAGAUUUAUCUCCCUAUAUGUGACCAUGUGUAUGAACACUGGUACUUGUGUAUUGUUAACGUUGUGGGAAAUGAAGCAUACUUGCUUGAUAGUUUCCCUCUAAAGGAUGAUACACCCCAUAAAGACAAUAUAAGAAAAAUAUUAUUAGCGUUGGAUGAAAUGUUACACCAUGAAACUUUUGGAACCAAAAGCGAAACAAUUAUACCAUCAUUCGUAACACUUGAAGUGAAGUCAUUAGCUGUCGAAAGACAACCCAAUGGUACAGAUUGUGGAGUACAUGUAAUCCAAUACAUGAGAUAUUGCCCAACAAAUCUUGCAGAUGUUACUUCCAAGACACAUGGUUUAGAGGCACGAAAAGAAAUAGCAAGCUGGUUGUUAUUGCAUAAGAAUAAUAAGAAGCGUGAGGAUAAUAUCUUUGGUGCUAUGAAUAUUGUCCGCAAUGAUCCGGAAUAUGCAGCUGAGCAAAGGAAGGCAUUGCGCGAUCUCAAAGCUAUGAAUAAAGCAGCUGGUUCGAUGUUUAAAUCAAUGAUUUAGGUUGAUUAUUUAUUUUGGCUUUGAUUACGAUAGUCAUAAAGGAUGCCAUUGAUGAAGUGAUUUGCCAUAAAGCUCACAGUGACGAAUUACCUUAACAUUCUAAGGGGUCAUUAGAAUGAAGGAUCCUAAAGUAA